CACCGUCAUUCGUCAUUUGCUGCGAGGACCGCCCCGUCCGGUCACCAUGCAGACCGACGCCCAGCUGCCCAAGAACACCGCGCCGGCAGGCUUCGCCCAACUUACAGGACCAGCCUGCCGACGCCAUUGUCCGGACAAAGGCACAACACCCCGGCUCAAAAACUCUCAGCCGGCGACGCCCCCCUCCACGGACCACCUCCGGCGCACCGACGUUCCCGGGCUCGAGGGCCCCGGCGACUUGCAUCGUCGGCGCAAGCGUGGUUCUGGGCGUGGGACCGACUGCGGUUGUGAGGACAGUAUGCGGGCUGGCCACACUGAUGAGAAUGGCGCUGCCGCGUCGCUUUCUCUGCAGAACAUCACACUCGCUCAAUGGGGAGCAAAGCACGCCGCGUGAGGAAGGCAGCAGCGGAGGGGACGAUAUGAUUCAGUACCGACACCUCCGACGACGCAUCCAGUGACAAUGACAAGGUUGACAUUCUGCCGAAUAUUGGAUGUAAUGAGGAUCCAGCAAUCACUACAGAAUAGAGAAUUCAGG